GGACAUCACAUAUACUGGAAAAAUGGCGACCAGUUUACUGCGGCUCCCGCUGCGACUUUCCAGCAGAAAUACGGGGAUAAUGACCCGUAAUUCCGGCUUGAAAACAUCAAACAUAUCCAGGACGACUCAAAGCAGGACCGCAGUAUCCACGCCGUCUGGAGCAAUCCUACCGAAACCGGAUAAAACGCCUUUCGGUCUUAUCCGCAUGACAGUAGUGGUGGUGCCCUUCCUUUAUGUGGGAACUCUCAUCAGCAAGAACUUUGCCGCUCUCUUGGAGGAGCAUGACAUCUUUGUCCCUGAGGAUGACGAUGAUGACGAUUGAGCUAACUUUGGAAAAUAAAUGGGUGCUUCACAAUGUUGACUGAGAGCAUACCAGCUGGCACAGGGAAGAUUGGGAAGAUGGGGCACUUUGACUUCCAAAUACACCCCUCUACCUCCACCCAUCUCCUUCCUCUCUCCUGAUAUUUAUCUUGUUUUCACUUAAAGAUUAUAUCAGAAAUAUCAUAUCAUGUGAGGCUUUCAAAACUACUUUAUGCCUUCACUCUUGUUUGCAUGUUUGUGUAUCUACUCAAUAAACAGAGUCGAUUACA